AUGGCACAAUCAAGAAUUUAUUGGCCAUUAAGAUUACAUACAAGCUUGCAUGGGAGAACCAAUUUGCGCUCUGCUGACGAAUUUGCGCGUCUCACUGAAUGGAAGAGAUCGAUAAACAAGCACGAGUCAACGCACCAAACCGACAACAGCGGGUACAAGAUGGAUCCGUUGGGUCGAGAUCCCCACCCAUUACUGGUUCGCUCAGUUGGGCUCUUAGCUGCCGAGGCUUCCAGAAACAAUGUCCUCCUGCGACUGGCCGCCACCCGAGGAGUCUCCAACGCUCGUGAUCAUUUGGACAUCGAACCACUUCGAAAGCCAUAUUACUGGGAAACGAGGCGAUUACGCUCUGAGCGCUCGCUAUGUCAUCGCCACCCACCCAAAAUGACGGAGUCGGACUUGGUCAGGUGGCCUAUUUUUCAACCCUUUGCCGGUGACGUUGAGGGUGCGGGUCUAAUUUUAACAUCACCUAUUGCCUCUGACAAACUGUUGUGUCAUUGGAUGACUAUAGCUCAUCCGUGA